AUGCUCACAUCCUCCUACUACCCCGUCCCUCCCUCCAGUAAUGUGGCAUUGUUCAGUAUUGAUGAGAUUGACCUUGAGGAAAUCCCCCGCAGUGCUAAAGUGGAGACUGUCAGUCUGAUGAGUGCUGCCAAGGUUCUCUCCAUCCUGCCCUCCAAUCCACCUGCACAUUCUAAUGAGGUGAUUGCAGCACUCAAAUACCAGACUGUGAUCGCAUUGCAUGCCUGCCUCAUGUUGAUGAAGGGUAACAAGCUGACUCUUGCUCCUCUGUCUUUGCUCCUUGGCUGGAUGCUGCUUGUGGACUCUGCCAGGAUCAGUUUUAUCUUCACUCUACAAGAAGAAAGCCAGAUCAUACCAAUGACCAUGGUUGAAAAUGCUGUUGAUGACAUGUACUUUACGUGCAAUGGAACAAUGUCAAAAAUGAUCCAGGACAAAUAUUUCACAAAAGAGAACACCGGGAAAUUUGCAAAGGUCUGGAAAAACGCAGAACGUUGUGCAAAAAAGAAACUAAAUGACAAAGAUACAGUGGAUAAGGCUUUAAACAAGGAUCAUAUGCAAGCAAUCUGUGUUUAUACCUCUGAAUAUGAACAAUUUUAUAGCAUUUUCAAUGAAGCAGUCCGGACCAAAAUGAGUGAAUACAACACUUCCUUCCGAUUUCACUAUUUACAUUUCUGGUUGACAUCUGCCAUACAGAUCCUCAAUAAUAAUAUGAACUGUCACACUACUUACCGUAGAACCAAGGCUGAGUUUAGUGGCAAAGUCAACCAAAUAGUUAGAUUUGGGUAUUUUACCUCCAGCUCUUACGAUACAACACUGACCAGAUUUGGUACGAAGACCUGUUUUAAAAUUAAAACCUGUUCAGGUGCUUACCUGAAACAUUAUUCGACUCUUAGGGAAAACGAGCAAGAGGUGCUCAUCCCCCCAUAUGAGAAAUUCAAAAUUACUGGGAAAGAGAAGGGCGAAUUUGUGAAAGGUCUAGAUGAUUGUGAGGUUGUCUAUUUCCUGGAAAGCACAGGAAUUCAAAGCAAUCUGAAUUGCAAAGCUGCAUAUGAGUGA